AUGUCUUCUAGUUCCACUUCUUCACUUGAUUUUUGGAUCAGAGAGCUUGAGAAUCCCACACUCUCGAUUUUGCCUACUGACUAUCUUAUUAGACAAGAUAAGCAGCCAAAAGAAGCUUCAUACAGCACCUUCAAUGAUUCAUCUUCAUCUAAUCAAAUCCUAGAUUCGUUUUUACUUGGUUUAGCAGUCUUUUCUGUUUUAAUUUACAGACUAACUGGUGAUGAUGAUAUUAUAAUUUUAACAAAUAACCCAACCAACCCUGCUUCUGGAAACUUUAUUUUAAGAAUUAACAUCUCCUCUCCUGAUUUAUCCUUUGCAAAGUUCUACAAACUCGUCAAAUCUAAAUAUUAUGAGAUUAUAAAUAAGCCAUUAGAUUUUGAGGAAUACUUGGGUCAUUUGAUCAAGGAAAAUGAUUUACCUGCACCUUCUGGAUUGUUUAAACUAUCGUUUCUAUCUGCCCCAACUAUUGAAUCAGAAAAGCUAUCUUCUGAAAUUAACGGAUCUCAAAAUGAUUUGGUAGUUUACUUCAACCCAUCUUCAAAAACCGCUUCAUUCAACAUUGUUUAUAAUUCGCUUUUAUAUAAAAAAGAAAGAAUCAUUAUUUUAUCCGAACAAUUUCAGGCGUUUUUCAAAUCCAUCUCUUACCAUUUUGAUUCUAUUAUAACUCACACAAACCUAAUCACUAAAUCUCAAAAGUCUUUGAUUCCAAAUCCAACGAAUGAUUUAACCUGGAAUAACUUCAUUGGUUGUAUCCAUAAUAUUUUCGAAAGAAAUGCUUCAAUUUUCCCUCACAGAAAAUGUGUAAUUGAGACUCAAUCGGUUGCAAAUCACAACUCUCAUAAAAAUGAUCGAAUUUUUACUUACCAACAAAUUGACCAAGCUUCCAAUGUUGCUGCUCAUUAUUUGAUAAAAAAUGGUAUCAAACGAGGUGAUAUCAUAAUGAUUUAUUCUUCAAGAUCUGUUGACUUGAUGAUUUCUGUUUUAGCUAUCCUAAAAGCCGGUGGUACCUUCUGUGUGAUUGACCCAGCCUAUCCUCCUGAAAGACAAACAAUCUAUCUUGAUGUUGCCAAACCCAAGGGAUUGAUUGUAUUAAAAAAAGCAGGUACUUUGGACCAGUACGUUAAAAAUUUUAUUAAUGAGAACCUUCAACUCAUCUCAAUGAUUCCAGCUUUAGAGAUUGCUGAUAAUGGUACACUUCUUGGUGGGGUUCCAGCCGAUUCUUCUAAGGAUUUAUUUGUGGAUUACCAACUGUAUAAAUCUCUUUCUACAAAUGUGGUUCUAGGUCCAGAUUCAAAUCCAACUUUGGCAUUUACCUCUGGUUCUGAAGGUAUUCCUAAAGGUGUCUUGGGUCGUCAUAUGUCAUUAGCUUACUAUUUUCCAUGGAUGGCUAACCAGUUUAACCUAUCUGAAAAUGAUAAAUUUACAAUGUUAUCCGGUAUUGCUCAUGAUCCAAUUCAAAGAGAUAUGUUUACUCCUUUAUUCCUUGGUGCUCAAUUAUUAGUUCCCACUGAAGAUGAUAUUGGUACUCCUGGUAGAUUAGCCAAAUGGAUGCAAAAAUAUAAAGCUACUGUUACUCAUUUGACACCAGCAAUGGGUCAAGUUUUAACCUCACAGGCACUGACUGAGAUUCCUACCUUGCAUCAUGCAUUUUUUGUUGGUGAUAUUUUAACCAAGCGUGAUUGUCUUCGUUUGCAGAAUUUGGCUCAUAAUUGCAAUAUUGUGAACAUGUAUGGUACAACUGAGACCCAAAGGGCUGUCUCUUUUUUUGAAAUUACUUCCAGAAGUAAAGAUCCUAAUUUCUUAAAAAAUUUAAAGGAUAUCAUGCCAGCUGGUAAAGGAAUGUAUGAUGUUCAAGUUUUAGUUGUAAAUAGAAAUAACACAUCUCAACUAGCUGCUGUUGGAGAAGUUGGAGAAAUAUAUGUUCGUGCUUCUGGCUUGGCUGAAUGCUAUAAGGGUUUGCCAGAAGUCAAUCGAGAAAAGUUUGUGCAAAACUGGUUUGUUGACAAUAACCACUGGAUUGAGUAUGAGAAAGCUGCAAUUAAUUAUGACAAAAUUUCAAACCAGCCAUGGUAUCAAUUUUAUCUAGGCCCAAGGGAUAGGUUGUACCGAAGUGGGGAUCUUGGUAGGUACAUGGUUGAUGGAAAUGUUGAAUGCUGUGGUAGAGCAGAUGAUCAAAUCAAAAUAAGAGGGUUUAGAAUUGAAUUGGGUGAGAUUGACACCAACUUAUCACAACAUAAAUUGAUUCGUGAAAACAAAACUAUUGUUAAGAGAAACUCGGAUAAUGAAAAUUACCUAAUUUCCUAUAUAGUUUUGCACCAUGACUCUAAAGAUUUGGCCUCUUUUGAAAAUCAAGAAGCUUAUUCGUUGCUUGCUGCCGAAGAACCAAACAAAAAAGACGAUCUUGUUAUUAAAGGAGUAUUAGUUUACAAUGAACUAAUCAAAGACAUCAAAUCAUUUUUGAAAAAAAAGCUAGCCGUUUAUGCAAUUCCUACUUAUAUUAUUCCUCUUGAUAAGUUACCAUUGAAUCCAAAUGGAAAAAUCGAUAAGCCAAAAUUACCAUUACCAGAUUCAAAAAGAUUAUUGACCAUUACCAAAUAUCUUUCCGUUGCCAAUGUAGAUAACGACGAAGAAAUGACAGAUUUAGAAAAAACAAUUAGAGACUGUUGGGCUGAAGUAUUGCCUGAUAAUGUUAUUCAACUUGAUGAUUCGUUUUUUGACAUUGGUGGCCACAGUAUUCUUGCUACAAGAAUGAUAUUUCAAGUGAGAAAGAAACUAAAUAUUGACUUACCUUUAGGUACAAUAUUUAAACACCCUGUUCUUAAAACAUUUUCAAACCAGGUCAAACAAAUGUUAAAUGACUCUUCACUCAAUGAAGGUGAUGAAUCUGACAAUGAAGUUCUCAGUUAUUCUGAUGAUGCAAAUAAUAUAGUCAAAACUUUAUUAGAAAAAGAUUUUUCGAGAAAAAUUGGGCCAUUAAAGAAAGGAGAUUCCAUCAAUGUUUUUGUAACUGGGGUUACAGGUUUUGUUGGUUCGUAUAUUUUAUCAGACUUAUUAAAUGAAAACAGAUUAGGUCAUAAUAAAAUUACCGUAUUUGCUCAUGUCAGGGCUGAAACAGAAGUUAAGGGUUUAGAAAGAAUUAAAAAAGCAUGUAAAACAUAUGGUGUAUGGAAAGAUUCUUUCGAGAAUAGUAUCAAAAUUGUUCUUGGUGAUUUGUCACAGCCCCAUUUUGGUUAUAAGAGCAAAGAAAAAUUUAUUAAUCUUGUCAGUGAUUUUGAUUACAUUAUUCAUAACGGUGCAUUAGUUCAUUGGGGUUAUUCUUACUCAAAGCUAAGGGAUUCUAACGUUAUCUCUACUGUUCGCCUUCUUAAUAUUUGCAAAAUUGGAAAACCCAAAGUUUUUUCAUUCGUUUCUUCAACUUCCACAAUUGAUACAAAUCAUUAUUUUGAUUUAUCUGACAAAUUAAUUCAAGAAGGUAAAAAUGGUAUUCUUGAGUCUGAUUCAUUGUCUGGCUCUGCUACUGGGCUCGGAACUGGUUAUGGACAGAGUAAAUGGGCAGCUGAAUAUAUAGUUAGACAGGCUGGUGAACGAGGUCUUACUGGCUCUAUCAUCAGACCUGGGUAUAUUGGUGGUGAUAUUGAAUCAGGUUGUUCGAACACUGAUGAUUUUCUCUUAAGAAUGUUGAAAGGUUGUUUGCAAAUUGGGUACUUUCCUCAAAUAUCCAAUAGUGUCAAUUAUGUACCUGUUAACCAUGUUGCUAGAAUUGUUGUUGCUGCAACAUUUAAUGCUGAUAAAGGUGUUAAGGUGUGUCAUGUAACUGGGCAUCCAAGAAUAAUAUUUGAAGAAAUGAUAGGCUCAUUAUCACAUUAUGGUUAUGAAGUUCAGUCUGUUUCUUAUGAUAGUUGGACUAAACAUUUGGAAAAAUCUGUCAUUGAUGAAAAUAAGGAUAAUGCAUUGUAUCCAUUGUUACAUUUUGUUUUGGACGAUUUACCAACAGAUACCAAGGCUCCUGAAUUAGAUGAUUUAAACACAUUAAAGUAUUUGAAACAUGAUUCACAAUUCACAGGUGUCGAUGUCUCUGCUGGGAAAGGUGUUGACUUAAAACAAAUGGGUAUUUAUAUCAGUUACUUAAACACUAUUGGUUUCGUAGAUUCACCAGCAGAGAAAGGGAAGUUACCAGAUAUAAAACUAUCUGGGGAAACUAUUAAUUUGGCAAAAUCAGGAGCAGGAUCUCGUGGAAGUGCUGGAAAGGAAUGA